AUGUCCGCAGCGAAGCGCCUCGUUGUCUGCGGAGGAAACGGGUUUCUGGGAUCCAGAAUAUGCCGAUAUGCCGUUGGCAGAGGCUGGGAUGUCACAUCAAUCAGCCGCUCGGGCGAGCCAAAGUGGGAGAACGUCACCUCGUCCGCCACGCCGCCCCCGUGGGCGCACAAGGUCUCGUGGGAGCGCGCCGACAUCUUCCAGCCCGAGGCCUGGGCGCCGCUGAUCAAGGGCGCCGACGCCGUCGUGCACAGCAUGGGCAUCCUCCUCGAGGCCGACUACAAGGGCGUCAUCUCGGGCCGCGAGUCCCCCAUCGCCGGCCUCCGCAAGGCCUUCAGCCCGGCCGCGGGCCGCGCCGCGCCGCCCAACCCGCUCCGCCGCGCGCCCGGCGACGAGCUCCGCCCGCCCGAGUCGCCCGCCCAGCUGACGUACGAGAUGAUGAACCGCGACAGCGCCGUGCUGCUGGCGCGCGAGGCCGCCCGCGAGCGCGUCGGCGCCUUCCUGUACGUCUCGGCCGCCGGCGGCGCCCCGGUCCUGCCGGAGCGCUACAUCCUGACCAAGCGCGAGGCCGAGAGCAUCCUGACGAGCGAGUUCCCGCAGAUGCGCAGCGUCUUCCUGCGCGCGCCCUUCAUGUACGACAGCUCGCGCGGCCUGACGAUGCCCCUCGCCGCCGCGACCGGCGCCGGCGCCCUCUUCAACAGGGCCACCGGCGGCAUCUUUGGGAGCAUCCUCGGCUCCGGCGGCGUCAAGCCACUCAAGGCCAACGACGUCGCCGAGGCGGCCGUCGAGGCGCUCAGCGACGAGACGGUGCGGGGCCCCGUCGAGGUGCCGCAGAUCGAAGAGCUGGCCAACAAGGGGUGGAGGAAGAGCAUGCUGUGA